CAACCUGAGCGCGAAAGGGAGUAAAAUAAAUGGAGGAGUGACAAUAAUUCUUGUCCCCCAAAAUGAAAUCAGAGCCAAUGGCUCUCCUAUGCCACCUCGGGGCUCUCACUCGACACCUGACCCCCAAUAUAACCAGAUCUCGUCUCCAUUCUGUAUCAUCACCAGUACCAAUCCAAGUACGGCCGUACACCCAAAACCUCGGCCGCCCCGUGCAAAUCUACCGCUCCCGUUCCACAGACCCCUACCUCAACCUCUCGAUCGAGCACCACCUCCUGCAGCGCUCACACCCCGAAUCGACCGUCCUCUUCCUCUACACCAACCGCCCCAGCGUCGUCAUCGGCCGCAACCAGAACCCCUGGCUCGAGGUCAACCUGCGCGCCCUGCGCCAGGGCCUACCGCAAUCAGCAGCAGCAGCACCGACCCUCGUGCGCCGCCGCUCCGGGGGCGGCACCGUUUUCCACGACGCCGGCAACGCGAACUGGUCCAUCAUCUGCCCGCCGCCGGCCUUUGACCGGGACAAGCACGCCGAGAUGGUGGUACGCGCGCUCCGAGGGCUGGCUGGCGCCGCGGCCCGAGGAGGCAAAGUGCGCGUGAACAAGCGGCAUGACAUCGUCAUGGACCUCGACGUGGAAGUUGGCGGAGUAGAAACGUUCAAGGUCUCCGGGUCGGCGUACAAGCUCACGCGCACGCGCUCGCUGCACCACGGGACGUGUCUGUUGUCGUCGGAGAACUUGGGCCGGGUGGGGGGCUUGCUGAGAUCGCCUGCCGAGGGUUUUAUCAAGGCGCGCGGCGUGGAGAGCGUCAGGAGUCCGAUCCGGAAUGUGGGUUUGGGCGGGGACGAGUUUGCGGACGCGGUGGUCGGGGAGUUUCGGAAGAUGUAUGGGGAUGCCGAUGGUAGGGAGGUGGUCGUGGGCGAGGAGGAGGCGCUGGCGAACGAGGAGGUUGUGAAGGGAUUGAGAGAGCUGACGUCGCCUGAUUGGAUUUUUGGGCAGACGCCGCUGUUUACGUUUUCGACGCAUCCAACAGAGGAUGACCCGAGGGAACGACCCGGGAUAACCCAUAGGUUACCCGAGGAGUUCCGCGCACAGUUUACUGUCCGGCAUGGAGAGAUCCAGGCGGCUGAUCUCGCCGGACUCGAAUACCACUACUCUGUGGAUGACGCCAGCCAGGACGUGGUCCUAAGCAACGCGCUGGUCGAACAGCGCCUCUACUACAUCGAAGACUGGCGGAGCGCUCUCAGGCAAGCCAGCCCGGUUCCCGUUGACGUGGAAGGCGUUGGGGAGUGGUUGAAUUACAUGUUU